AUGGCUUUAGGAGAAGCCAGCCUACUGGAAAGUUAUCUAGAUCCUUGUUGGUAUCAGCCAACCUCUUUAAGAGCAGGUUCAACCAUUGAUCCACCGUUUGAUAUACUGUCGAACGAGACAGAUUCGCUACAGACCAUCGCACCGGCAGACGUUUUGAUUGACGCAUCAAAGGACUUGCUGCAUUCUCUUGACUUUGACUCCCUUGACUUUGACUCCCUUGACUUUGACUCCGAAUCAAUAAGGCAGCCACCCUCGGCGCUCGACCAGAUGUUAGAAGCUAGCCCCGACCUCAUACGUGGACAAUCAUUAAAAGGUCCACCCAGGCGCGGUAUGGAGAAGAAAGCCUCUCAACGAUUCAAGGGGAAGUAUGAGCCACAAAAGGACACCAAGAACGUUCAAGAGCAAUCAAAGAGGACUUGCGUCCCCCGCAGCCCAGGUAAAGAGGAUCCUGUCAGCAUUGAAACGAGAGGGAUGUUUGAGUGUAAUGAGACUUGGUGCAAAAGAAACUUCAAACGUCGAGAGCAUCUGAAGCGCCAUUCGAACAGGCAUCUCAACGAGAGACGCCAUAUCUGUUGGGUACCUGAAUGUCACCGUGCAUUCUUGCGGCCAGAUCACCUCAACGCACACAAGAGUGUGCAUAGCAAACAAGGAGGUCGGAAUCGCUAUGUUGCCAGCCUUGAUGAGAAAAGCCCGUUUUAUGACCCGACUUACCGUGGACAGCUUACGUCUGACGGGUAUCCGUUCUAUGACAUGUCCUCGUGA